UUAUCACAUAAUCACUAUUCAUUAAUGAUGAUAAUGAUUCCGAUUAAGUUUGCUAAUCAUAUUCUUGAUUUCCACUUUCUUUCUACAGUAGAUUAGAUCAGCUGAUUGAUUUAAAAAAAAAAUUGUGGGGAUUUUUUUGGAUUCUCAAUUAGAGAAGCCAGUGGUAGAGCUUGCACCUCUCAGGGUCAAAGACCUUCCGCUCAUUGACUCUUGUACCCCAGAAGAACUUUAUAAACUGGUAGAUGACAUGGUCAAUGCAACCAAGGCCUCUUCAGGACUCAUAUGGAAUACUAUUGAACUGGAGCAACCUGCCCUGGCUGCAAUGCGCCAAGACUUUGGCAUCCCAAAUUUCCCAAUCGGUCCAUUUCAUAAACACUUUCCAGCCUCUUUGAGUAGCUUAUUAUCCCAGGAUCAAAGCUGUAUUUCUUGGCUAGACAAACAAAAAUCCAGAUCAGUUGUUUAUGUGAGCUUUGGAAGUAUUGCAGCGGUCAAUGAAACUGAAUUUUUAGAGAUAGCUUGGGGCCUAGCCAACAGCAAGCAGCCCUUCUUGUGGGUGGUUAGGGCUGGAUCAACCAGCAAAUCUGACUGGCUUGAAACAAUGCCAAAAGGUUUCUUGGAAGCUUUGGGUGAGAGGGGACACAUAGUGAAAUGGGCUCCACAGCAGGAGGUGUUGUCUCAUCCAGCAGUUGGAGCAUUUUGGACUCACAAUGGCUGGAACUCAACAUUGGAGAGCAUAUGUGAAGGGAUUCCCAUGAUUUGUAUGCCUUUUUUCACUGAUCAAAGGGUUAACGCCAGAUACGUGGCUGAGGUUUGGGAAGUUGGUGUGCAAUUGGAGAAGCGGGAGAGGGAGGUGAUAGAGAACACCAUUAAAGGAAUAAUGAUGGAGAAAGAGGGGGAAAAAUUAAGGGGCAGAGUAUUGGAUUUAAAGGAGAAAGCAACUCAAUGCCUCUGUCAAGGUGGUUCUUCAUACCAGUCACUCGAUAGCUUGGUUAGUCACAUUUUAUCAUUCUAAUUGUGUUCUCCGAUGCUGAGUUAUUUUUAGCUAUGAAGCACUUUAUUUCAAGUGGCAUUGUGUAGUGAUAUGAGCCUGAAGCAGUGAUGAAAAAUACAAGUGAAAGAAUUGUUUUCCCUUGCCAUCGCCCAAUUGCCAAAAGCUGUACAUGACAAAAGUUGGAUCUAGUAGGACAAUUUGAUACUGAUAUAACUCACCCAGCCCCAUGGUUAUUGAUUUUGUUCCAGAUUCCAACACUCUACUUUUCACUCUAGCCAAAGUUAUAGUCAAGUCCCUAAAUAUAUUUGUAUUAGUAUUUAAUUAAAAACAAUGUAUGUUAGCUGGAUUUCUAACAAAUUAAGGGGAAAAUG